AUGGAGUGCAUUGUUGCUGAACUUAACUUCAGUAGACAGUUUGUGAAAUAACUUCAAAAUGUAUAAAAUCGUUUGGUGACAAUGGAUAAUUGUUGGUUUUGACAUUGUUUAACCUGUUGUUCUCAGUUUUGCUCUACUUCCUCAUGUGCUGUGAGAUGUUCAACUGAUAAGAUCCGUCUGUGUGUAGGGUGGGGAUUUACAUUGAGGAACAAGUUUUCAUAGUAGAGUUGUGUUCCUUCAUUGGCUGAGAAAUCAGAAAGCAAUGGCGAGAUCAGAAUGAAUCAGUUAGAAGCCGGUAGUUCCCAAAAAUCAUUAUUUGCACAUAAGAGCUCUUCAUUUGGAGGAUAAAAAGGAGGAGCUCUUCAGUUGGAGGUAGGAUGAGUGUGUGGAAGAGGCUCCAGCGGGUGGGGAAAUCUGCCAGCAAGUUCCAGUUUACAGCUUCGUACCAGGAACUUGAAGUGGAGAGCUCUAAGAAAUGGCAACCCAACAAGAUCUGUAUUGUAUGGACUCGGAGAAACAGGAGGAAGUCAACAAUGUUACACACAUGGGAGCCAACAAUUAAGAACCCGUACCUGGGGGUAGUGUCGUGGACGGUCCCGGAGAAUGUUGAGAUUCAGGUGACACUGUUUCGGGAUAACAAACACUCACCAUACGAGGACAAGGAGUGGCACUUCGUACUUGAGGAUCAAUCACAGGCUGGUAGACGGAAGGUUCUUGCUUCUGCAGCCAUCAACAUGAAGAAGUUUGCCUCUGACAUCCCGUCCCAGCAUGAUAUCACAAUCAAGCUCACCCCAGCCACCAAAAAGAUUGUGGCAGCACAAAUCAAGCUCACAAUCUCCUGCGUGUUCCUGAGAGAGGGAAAGGCCACAGAUGAGGACAUGCAGAGUGUUGCCUCCCUCAUGUCCAUCGGGAAGUCGGACAUCGGGAAUCUGGAGGACAUCGAUGAUGACGAGUCCGAUUUGAACAUCUCUGCUAAAUUUGCUGAGGUGACCAGUCAGAUGGCAUUGCUGGAAACGAGUCAGAACUCUGGUAAUCCCUUCGGCGACCCAGACUUGGAUGUUGAUGAAGAUUUUGAUGUUGACAUUGACCAAGCAUUCAAGAAAUUUCAGCCCAAGAGGCCCGUCAUGAACCCCUUCGAAGAAUCAGAGGAGGACAACUACAGAAGUCCAACAGAGGAAAAUGUUGAUUACAACCCUUUUGCUGCAGACAUGGAGGAGGAAGUGACAAAAGACACUGAAGUGAAACCAACAGCCAAGGAACCUACAAAUCCCUUUGAGGAUUCGGGGGAGUUUGAUGAGUCAAAUCCUUUCUGUGAGAAAUUUAAUGACACUAAUUCAUCUUUAGAGAGGCAGAAAAAAAAGAAAUCUGCGCCAGUGCCGCCUAAAUCAAAGCCACAGACGAUACAAUCUAUUUUAGCUGAGAAUCCCCCUCCCACUCGACUGCCUCCUAAACCGGAUAUUACUGCAAAAGAUAUUAAGAAAUUAGAUAGUGCACAAAAUGUUAUUGAACCUGUUAGUAAUGAGCAUGGUUCAAACAAAAAAGACAAGACUGCAGGUAAGCAAGAACCAGCUGUGAAUAAAGAAAACAAAGAGAAGCACCACAGAUUUUUGAAAAAUACUCCCAAGAAAAAGGCGCCAGUGCCCCCAAGGCCGAUUUACCAGGGCACCCCUCCGUCUUCACCUAAGGAAGAGAGGAAAUCUCGGUCCAUGACGCCACCGAAGAGGGACGAGAGUGCCAGCAGUGGACAAAAUACGCCCCUAGAGAAGAAAGCCAAUGGUUUACCGCCAAACGAUGGCACCCCUGCCCUAGAUUCUAGUAAUGGUGAAUCACCCAGCAAGGCCCCUAGUUCUAGCCUUGACCUGUUGACAUGGUGUAAGGAGGUGACACGGGGAUACCGAGGGGUCAAGGUCACAAACCUUACAACCUCCUGGAGGAAUGGCAUGGCCUUCUGUGCCCUUAUACAUCACUUCAAGCCUGAUCUCGUAGAAUUCGCAAAGCUAGCUCCACAUGAUAUUAAAGGCAACAACAGGAUAGCUUUUGACGCAGCUGCCAAGCUGGGCAUCCCUCGAGUGAUAGAGCCGUCUGACAUGGUGCUACUAGCGGUGCCGGACAAACUGGCAGUGAUGACAUACCUGCACACACUACGCAGUUACUUCACUGGCACAGCACUACAGGUCCAACAGAUCGGUAAAAGCUCUAGUGAAAGCCGAUACACACUUGGAGACCAGAACGUUGCCGAGGACAAGGAAAUCUCCAAGGAGAUGUAUGGAGAUACCGUCACCAAUAGUGACAAGGCUAAGAAUGGGAAAAAGGGGAAGAAUGGUGAAAAAACUGACAGUAAAACUGUGGUUAAGUCUGGUGCUGACAAUGUCGAUGUUGUUAUCAAAGGUGAUAAAGGGGAGCGAUCUAGUCUUUCAAGGGAGAGUUCUAAAGAGGGCUCUCCUGUAAAAAGUGUUAGUGAAACUAGUGAACUAAAGACGCCCAGCUCGUUGACAAGUGAAGGUGAUGUGCUGGAAAAGAGUGUUGGGAGUGAGGGGAAGAACCCAUUUGAGAGUGAUGAUGACGAGGUGGGGGAAGGGACCACUGGGGAAAGCGAGGAUGUGUGGAUACAGAGGAAAGGAGAGGAUGACACCAGCACAGAUGAACUCAGGCCAGAGCUUGCUGAGAAGAAAAAGAAGGACCUCCACUUGUCAGGCCUCCAAUCUGCUAGUACUGAACCUCAGAAACGAGUAGUUUCCAAAACAACUUCAAGGGAGGCAACUCCAGAUACUCCUGGUUCAACAGCCUCAGAUACUUCACAGUCUAGUCGGAAGUCCCGCCAGCUUGAGUUGAAGGAGCGAGCCCAGUUGUUACUGCAGAAGGCGAGACAGGAGACGGAACUAUCCCAGUCAAUUGAGCAGACAACAGUUCUAGGGGCAAAGGGAGAUAACCAGGAAACCGAGACAGAGGCCAAGACACAGACGGAUGAAGAAGAGCGUAAGCGUCGAUUGCGUGAGCGUGCACGGAAGCUAAUAAGCGAGACUCGGGAAAGUCUGGGGAAACCUGAGGCGGAGUUUAUCCGGCAGAUGAGCGGGGAUGGGCUCUCGGCAUCUCUCCCACUCCUCAGGAAGGAGAAGAAAAAAGAGAAACUGGAGGACACAGUGCCCCUGUACCACAGACAACUGUUACGGUCAUAUCUGUCCGUAACACGCAGCAGCAAGCUUAUGGAGCACACAAGCGAGGGAGAUGAAUUGGUGCCUGAAGAACUGCCCGCCCAGCCAGAGCCCGUUCUGAAGAAGCCAGAGCUGGCCCGUCCUCGGAUACAGCUGACGUCACCAGUGUCACCCGGGCUUGAGAACAAGGACUUCCCUCAGCCUAGUGAAUCUCAGCAGUCUCCCACCAAGUCUACACAGAGGAAAGUUCCAUAUGAUCAGAGAAUUUCCCUCACCAGUAUCGAUUUUACAGAGAAAGGAGACCCUUCUAGUGAUGAAGAUGAUGAUUUAGACUCGUUCAACAUUGAUGAACUGCUCCGACAAACUGAGAACCUGCAGGAUACAAACCAGUAUGUGAUCAAUGAGUUGGAGGCUCUGGAGAGGGAACAGGCCCAGAUAGAUUGUCGGGCUGCCAUCCUUGAGAUGAAGUUACGGAAAUGUAUGGAGAAAGGAAGUGAUAAGGGGAAGGAGGAGAAACUGCUCCAGGAAUGGUUCCUGCUCGUCAACAAGCGUAACGCCCUCAUACGACGACAGAUGCAGCUCAAUAUACUAGAGAAGGAGGAUGACUUGGAGAGGAAGUUUGAGCUGCUCAACCGUGAACUCCGUGCCAUGAUGGCCAUAGAUGACUGGCAGAAGACGGAGGCUCAGAAGCUGCGUGAGAAGUUACUGCUGGAGGAGCUGGUUGUGAUCGUGAACAAGAGAGACGAGCUAGUGCAGCACCUCGACUCACAGGAGAGAGCGAUCGAUGAUGAAGAAUACCUGGACAGGAGAGUAACUGAGGGCCGACUACUGCAGGAGGAUAAGAGCUGUGUUGUACAGUAGCAUGGUGCCAACACUGUGUCAUCCAGUCAGGCUGUGUCAACACUGUGUAGUGCCCAAGAUAUCAUACAGCCAUACAGUGCAAAUAAUGUGCACUGCUUCAGACAUUAUACUGUAUCAAAUGUACAGUGCUGAAGAUAUUAUACAUUAAUACAGUAUAGCAGUGCAUAGACUGUAGUCCUCACACAGUUGCACUGUAUCAUGAUGUAGAUGUCAUACAGUGCCAAUACUGUGUAGUUCCCUGGUGUCACACAGUGCCAACACUGUGUAGUUCCUUAAUGUCAUACAGUUAGUUAUACAGUGCCACUACUGUGUAUAAGUUCCCUUAUGUCGCACAGUGCCACUACUGUGUAUUUCCUAAAUGUUAUACAGUGCCACUACUGUGUAGUUCCCUGAUGUCGCACAGUGCCAACACUGUGUAUUUCCUUAAUGUCAUACAGUUAUACAGUGCCACUACUGUGUAGUUCCCUGAUGUCACACAGUGCCAAAACUGUGUAGUUCCCUGAUGUCACACAGUGUUGAACACUGUGUAUUUCCUUAAUGUCAUACAGUACACAGUGCAAACACUGUGAGUCAUGCAUAAUACCCAGGCCAAAUAAAACCUAGAGGUCAAGGUCACUUACAUGAGAAUCAUUAGCUCAAAAAACUAAGUUUAACAUAUCCGGACUGUCCUUUGACAUGAAUUGGCAAAAUACUGACCUUGAUGAGACUACAUGUAUGUUGAAUUCAAGACUCAGGUCUGUAGGGCAUAUGCCACUUAACAUUUAUGGUUUAUAUUGCUUUUGUUUUAGCUUGCAUGGACUGGAUCUUAGUCUUAAAUUGGCAGGUUUUAAUUUAUCUUUUCCCAAAUAUUCGAUAUGAUGAGAUGAUAUAUUCGACCUUGGUAUGAAGGUCGCACUUAGGGGUCAAAGUUUGAAAGAGAGACUAUUACUUAUGACCAGUUACUUGAUGUUUUAGUUAUGUUAACUGUAUAUAUUUGUUUUAUUUAUUUAAUGAAAAUUAAAACUGCAACAGGUAAACAUAUGUACCUUGCAACAGGAAAUAAUGAAAUUACACACAAAUUGUCAGAUGAUAUUAGUUCACAUAUCGUCUAUUGUUAAAAACUAUCGUUAAAAUACAGAAAGAUUUGGCAUUUCUUUGCAUCCCAAAAUGUGUUAUGUUUUUGUUCUUGCAUUCAUAAUUGAGAAUCUUAUAACAGUAGUUGGUGUAUGUUUUGUUCAUGUGCAAUAUCUGAAUUUUUAACUUUUAAUGCAUUUAUUUGUAAAUUUUGCCUGUGCUACUAAGGGUUUUCUUGUUAAUGAGACUGUUAUAAAGUGCCAACUAGUAUUGCUGUUAUCAAUCUCUAUAUGAUUAUUAUAUUUUUCCUUUCUCAAUUUUAUGAUUUCCAUUCAUUUUAUGAUUGGUAGAAGUAUGAGAAAUAAUUAUGCAUGUUGAAUUACUUGGUGGAUAUUAAUUUAUUGUGCUUGUGUCACUUAUGGUUUUUGUGGCUGUAAAAUGGUAAGCCUGGGGCCAUGGUUACGAACAGUCUCAGUCCAAGUCUAGACUCAGACUCAGAAAAGCACUCUCAUUAAAUUGCAAAGAAUCAUCUUUAUUCCAUCUGUUUCUAUACAACAAAUGUGAAUAAUAUACAAUAAUGAACGGUGAUUAAAUAUAGCAAAUUUCAUCAUCAAAACUCAACAAAAAAGAAAGUUGCAAAAAAUAAGAUUUGCAGUUUUGCCACUGGAGUCUGCACUGAGACCAGACGGUUUGUAAUCAUGGCCCCUUAAGUACUUUAGUAUGUUAUAGUGAGUGAUUAUUUCUUGCAGGAGAUGUUAAGUUCAUGUUACAUAAACUUAUAUAAAGUAUAUAUGUGUAACUAUAUGUAUUGCUUAAUGUACAAAUUACUGUAUUUUGCCUCAAAAAACUGUGAGGAAGAUGGAUAUUACAUGUAUAUGACAUAUUCUUGUUAAUAUAUUUUAGCUUUCUGGUGCAGUAUGCUGGGUAAAAUGUUGUAAAUCCUGCGCCACAUUUGUCUUUGCUAUUUUAAUGUCUUAAAAAUACCCAAGCUUUAA